AUGAGUGGUGAUCAAUUACUAGAUGAUCCAGCCGGAUUGAUCAGGGAGACAAGGCAAAAUUUCUCUAUUUCUGGAGACCUCAAUUCGCUUUCAAGCAUUGAAAAGUCGUUAAAACAACUACGAGAAUUCGUGCAAGAACAAUUGGAACAAAAAACCGGGGAGGUGGAUCAUUUGGCGUCAAUGGCCAGCAAAUCCGAGUCCAGGAUCAGUUUACUUGAUUCUGAAUUGGCUGAAGUGGCCGGUACAGAGCUAAAUGGGGGUAAAAAGGAAGAGUUAGAUGAAAUCAAGAAAGAAUUGGAAAAGUUGGAAGUCAAGUUACGGGCUUCAAAAACGGAAUUGGAUGCCAAAAUGCAGGAAUUGGUUAAGGAAGAUACGCAGAGGGUUGAGAUUGGAAACUCUAGUGACAACGCCGAUGUUCGACUGGAAAUCUUGAAAUUGCAAUUGUACAGAUCUUUAGGCGUGAAUUUGGAUAUAAAGAACCGACAGGCUCUGAUACAGAGACCCGAUGGGCAAGGAACCGACGGGGUCGAUUUUUUACCGCUGGACGGUGAAUUGAGUGAGUUUUUCAAAACCAAAUUUGUAUGGGACAGAAUAUGA